GAACAUUUUCUCCUACUCGUCUUCUUAUCUUCUGUCCCAAGCGAGAUGAGAUGACUCCAAGAUUUUCCAUCCAUUCGUUCAACAGACAUUUCUACCAGCUCGCGCCGUUUUUCUCUGUCUGGUGUAUGAUGAUCGAUGGCUUCCAACCCCCUGAUGGAUGCGGAUCGCGCUUCCUUUCUCUUUCGCACCCAUAUUCCAUAUCCAAACGAUCGAGCUUUCCAACUGGCUGUGAGGAGGCGCAGCAGAAAAAGAGAAAAACCGUUUUCAGAUUUCGCUUCUGUGUAAUCGCAGUAGACAGGGCUGGCAGGCAGGCAGUCGAAGUCAGUUCUGCAACGCUUACUUGGAUGAUUGGACGCAAAAAAAAAAGUGACGGCGCGCGCGUUUUUGGGGGAAAUCGAAUAGGCGAGAGUGUCGUCGUCGUUGUCGACUUCGUUUCUGAAUACCUUGGAGUGAGAAGAUCAAGCCUAAUUUGUGUGUAAUUAACUACGGGGAGCAAUUCUGAUCAAUUAGCAGCUAAUCGAUUAUGAAUAUCAAGUGCAACUGAUGAAUUGAGAGUGUUGUGUGUGUGGUAAAAUGUCGGCGGUGAGUCGUAACUCACCCAAGUUGAUUCUGGAUAUCAGCAACAAUCAGUUUGACAGCCCUCAGCAGCUUCCGGUCAGUGUUAGUGCAAACAUAGAACGCUCCCCGAAAAUGAUAAAAGUGGAAUCGUAUGAAAAUUUUGACAGUGGUUCCAGCAUGAAUCACCAUCACGUGACUCAUCAUCAGCAGCAGUCACAUCACACGGUCCAUCAUGGACCGGACUUCACAACGUUGAUGCCUCCUCAAACGUCAACUCCUUCGUCCACUAUCUACGUAUAUCAGCCACCAUCCAUCGUGACGACGCACGUCGUUCCGGUGGUUGAUCCCAUGAACCUCCCUCGUCAUGAAAUCAUGACAUCCUCCAUGAACAGUCUAUCAAUGGCCAACAAAAAGCGGAAGCUCGACGCCGACUACGAUUACGAGUUCGAUCAAUCAUCGCUCAGUCCUUCGGCAGACAGCAAGCGUCUCCGUUACGAUGGCAACAUAUACGGCUACGCCCCUUCAGAAUACCACCCCUCAAGUAACUACGCUGCCCUCCCAGAGUUCUCCAAUCUCGAAGAAAAUCAUCCCUCCUCUCGAAUGAUCCACUCCAUCCCAACGUCUUAUUCCGACCCUACCCACUACGGUAUCUACUAUCAAAAUGACACACCCUGUAGUGCGGAAAACGACGCCUCCUCCAUCUCAGUCACCUCGUCCCCGAACAAACCGGACGACUCCAUCUAUCCCCACAGCCACCUCCCCAACUCCCAACCUCCAUCAUCCUGCAUGAUCACCACAACCAGUUCAUCUCCUUCGUCCUCUUCCUGUAUCACCGCCAGCGAAACUCCGCCCAAUCCGGAAGGACUUCCGGUGAUCCCUGCCAGCGUAGACAUUGCCACAACCACCAGCAGCAAACCCGCCAGGAAGUCCCGAUCCAAUCGGGUACGGAAGCGGCAUGUCCGGGAAUCCAUAAGUUUCGAGGAGCUGCAAACGCAGCGGGUUAUGGCCAACGUGCGGGAACGGCAGCGGACGCAGAGCUUGAACGAGGCGUUCGCAUCGCUGCGCAAAAUCAUUCCAACGCUGCCGAGCGAUAAGCUGAGUAAAAUCCAGACACUGAAGCUGGCUUCCAGGUACAUUGACUUCCUCUAUCGGGUCCUGUCGAACAACGAGCUGCCGCUGCUGGAGGAAACGCAGAAGAAUCUGGCCAAUUCGGGGGGCGCCACCGGCACGGGACCUCUACAGUUCAGCGGCAGUGGCAUCUUGGCGCACGAGAAGCUCAGCUACCUGUUCAGCGUUUGGCGCAUGGAAGGCGAUUGGAGCAAUGGGAGCAGCUCAGGAAGCAGCAGUGGAAAGGAAUGAGGGAACUCUGAAAGAGAAAGUGACAAUGCUACAGCCGAAGUAUUAUUUAGUGCCUAAGUCUGAUUGUUCCUACACGCAGUUGUAAUGCGAAGCCUGAAACGUAGGAAUCGUAUGGAAAGUAACUGUAAAUUUGCGCAGGAAGCAGCUUCGUCCAAAGAAGAAAACUAUUCCAAAAAUCAAAGAAAUCCUAGAUGUAAGAAUAAAACUAGAGCUUAAAGCCAAUCCAGCCAACUGUAUUAUAUGUUGUUGUUACAAAGUGUCAGAGACAGGUAACUGCGGGAAUCGUCCACGCUUGACCAAGUCAAGCCUGGAAGCAGACGGAUUCCGGUAAUCUGUCCAUAAUCAGUGGGAUACCGAAUAAUCGCUUUAAAUGUCGUUUUUAGAGCUGAUUUAUUUCUCAAGUGUCACAUCCAGUAAGCAUUUCCAUUUUAUGUGUAUGUUUCUAGUUCUAUUGCCAUUUUUAAUGCCUUUUAUAUAUCUAUGAUCUACUCUGUUGAAAGCAAUAUCCAAAAUGCUUUAGGAUGUAAAUAAUUACAAGUGACUGAAAGAAUCAGUAACUCUGUGCCAUAAGGAUCCAAAGAAUCAAAAACAACGAUACGAAAUAAAUAAUGUAGAAGUCAA